CAUGUCUAAUAUAAGACAAAAGCAAAUAGAUGCCCUUAAAACUAUGUUUAAUUUUAACGUUCCAUUCAUUAAUAACAAGAAUGAAACUAGCUGGAAAGUUUUAGUUUAUGACCAAAUUGGACAUGAUAUCAUAUCUCCACAUUUUACCAUUAAAGAGCUGAGAGAAUAUGGAAUAACUUUACAUUUACAUAUAAACUCACUUAGAGAAUCUGUACCAGAUGCCCCAGCAAUAUAUUUUGUAUAUCCAUCUUUAGAAAAUAUUGAAAGAAUUGGCAAAGAUUGUGCUGAGUAUUUAUAUGAAAAAUUUUAUCUGAAUUUUAUUUCACCUCUAACACGUCACAAUAUGGAUAUAUUAGCUGCUAUAUGUGUUAAAAAUAGCUGUACUGAUAUUAUUGUUAAAGUAUAUGAUCAAUAUCUAAAUUUUAUUGCAUUAGAAGAUAAUUUAGUUAUUCUAGAGAAUAAUAAAAAUCCUGAAUUAAGAAAAUCCAAUGCAAAGAAUACCUUGAUUACUCCUACAUCCUUUUAUAAUUUGAAUUAUCAGAUGGCCGAUGAUGCCGAGAUGGAGGGCAUCGUGAAUAAAUACGUCGACAAUCUAUUUUGCGUUUUUACAUCCUUAGUGCAAGUACCGGUCAUAUAUUACCCCAAGCUAAACAACGCGGCUCGAUUCGUGGGUGAAAGGCUGCACAAAAAGAUUCAGGACAACCUCAAGGACACGAAAAAUAAUCUGUUCACGGCCAGCGGGAACCUGGGUUCCCACAUGGGAGGCGACAUUAACUCAUUCGCUAUGGCCCAAAAUUUUUCCUCGAGGUGUUGCUUGUUAAUCGUGGAUAGAUGCAUGGACCUAGUUACCCCGUUCGCUCAUACCUGGACUUAUCAAGCCUUGAUUCAGGAUAUAUUCGAAUACGAUCUAAAUAAGAUUGUCAUCGAUGACGAAGCCGCUAACGUCGUGAAGGGUAAGCGAGAUAAUCCCACCGCCAAAGUCUACGAUUUGUAUUUUGGCAAAGAUAAAUUCUGGAGGGAACACAAAGGAAGUCCAUUUCCGGCGGUGGCCGAAGCGAUUCAGACGGAGCUAGAAAAUUACAAGAGCAAAGAAGGGGAGAUCAGGAGGUUAAAGCACAUGACGUCCGAUGGUCAAUCUAGCCCCGACCAAAAUGGGCAAGAUCCAAGUGAGCACCAAAAUGAGGAAGUGUUGAUGGACAUUCUAUCCGGGAACACGAGCGCUCUCUCUAACGUCGUGAAUUCUCUGCCGCAGUUACUCGAAACCAAGAAAUAUUUGGACAUGCACACGAAUAUCGCCACCGACAUACUCGCUAGGGUGAAGAGUCGCAAAUUAGACCAAUUUUUCGAGAUCGAGGAAAAGAUUCUGGCCAAGGCCUCUUAUUUGGAUCCAAGCUUGUUCGAAUUCCUGAGUGAUUCCGCCAACGGAAACGCGUGGGACAAAAUUAGGCUGUUCCUUAUAGCUUAUCUGUGCCAAUACAUUCCUCAGUCCGACAUGGAAAAGUAUUUGAACAUCUUCAACGAAUCUACAUUGGAAUUCUCUAGUGCCGGUAAUAAGCAGUGCUCAGCUCGGACAUACGCUCAAGCUUGCUUGGGUUAUCUCGACAAAUUAAAGAACCUAUCCAACAUAAAUCCAUCCAACCAAAUCUCGAAUUCUAGCGAUUACGGUAGGACUAAUUACGGAGGCAAGGAUACUUCGACCGAUUCUAAUCAGGGUUUUGCCAAAAAGAUCGGCAUGUUCUCCAAACUCAUGAGCCAGGGCUCACAGUUUGUCAUGGAGGGUGUACAGAAUUUCGUGGUUAAACAGCAUAAAUUACCGCUAACCAGGUUAGUCGAUAAAUUAACCGAAAAAAACGCUUCCUCCAACGCUCUACCAUUGAACCUUUCCAAUUUCAGCGCCUCCUGCAAUAUCCAAUCAAAUGCGAACGACAGUGCCGCUUACGAUUCGUUCGUGUGCAAUGAUCCCAAGAUCCUAAAAGCCAAUCUAGGAUACUCUGGAUCAGACAAUUCCGGCAAUGCUGCUAGGAAUAACGCCUAUUCAAACGUCUACGUAUGCGUCAUAGGAGGAGGUAAUAUGAUGGAGUUUCAAAAUCUGAUGGAUUACGCCAAAUCCAAGCCGAAUAAACGCGUAUGCUACAUAUCGACAGAUUUAUGCAGUCCAAAUCAAUUCGUUCAACAAAUUAUAUCGUUGGCCCAAGAACCCGGAAAUAUUGGUUAACAUUUUUGGUCGAAUUUAUUAAACCCGAAAAAUAUAUUUUAUUCGCGCCGCUAUUUUAAAUGAAUUGGCUUACGUCGUUUAUUAUGUUUGCAAUGAAAUAACCGUUAUUUAUAAUUAUUUUU